CUGCCUGCUGCAGGCGCGGCUCCGGGCUCGGGCGAGCGGCCGCUGCAGCCCCGGCGCCUCCUCCGAGCCCCGCGGCGCCCCGCGCCCCGCGUCCCAACCAGCGUCCUGCGGCCACGGCGGGACGCGCAACUUGGGCAGCGACGGCAGCGGGAUAACUUGGGAAACUUCUCGGGCGCCGACGGCGGGGACACCGGGCGCGGGGAGGGGAAAGCAUGUAGAAGGGCGGUGGCUGGCCACGGGCGUCCCCCGGUUGGUUCUCCUGGGUCCAGUUCCGUCCGGAAUGAGGCUCCGGUGCCUUUAGCGCCGCCAGCGAGGCGACUCUCUCGUCUUGCCCAACUAGGUGGGCAAGCGUCCGAGCGGUCGCCAGCUGUGCACAGGCCGGGGGAGUGGCGCCCCUCUCUGAACGCCUUCAUCCCCGACAUGGACCACCAGGAGCCUUACUCUGUGCAGGCCACCGCGGCCAUCGCGGCGGUCAUCACCUUCCUCAUCCUCUUCACCAUCUUCGGCAACGCGCUGGUCAUUUUGGCCGUGUUGACAAGCCGCUCCCUGCGCGCCCCCCAGAAUCUGUUUCUGGUGUCGCUGGCGGCCGCCGACAUCCUGGUGGCCACGCUCAUCAUCCCUUUCUCGCUGGCCAACGAGCUGCUGGGCUACUGGUACUUCCGGCGCACGUGGUGCGAGGUGUACCUGGCUCUCGACGUGCUCUUCUGUACCUCGUCCAUCGUGCACCUGUGCGCCAUCAGCCUGGACCGCUACUGGGCCGUGAGUCGUGCGCUCGAGUACAACUCCAAACGCACCCCGCGCCGCAUCAAGGGCAUCAUCCUCACCGUGUGGCUCAUCGCGGCUGUCAUCUCGCUGCCGCCCCUCAUCUACAAGGGCGACCAGGGCCCGCAGCCUCGAGGGCGCCCACAGUGCAAACUCAACCAAGAGGCCUGGUACAUCUUGGCUUCCAGCAUCGGCUCCUUCUUCGCCCCCUGCCUCAUCAUGAUCCUCGUGUACCUGCGCAUCUACCUGAUUGCCAAACGCAGCCACCGCAGGGGGCCCAGGGCCAGGGGGGAACCUGGAAAGGGUAUGUCUCAGCAGACCUGCCAGAUCCCCAGGGGAGCUCCGGCCUCCACUAAAUUGCCUAGCCUGGCCUCUCCUCUGGUUGUGGGUGGAGAGACCCCUGGACUCUCCAAGCCGCCUGGGGAGAACAUGGAGACAGGAGCACCGGAAGAUCCUGGGACUCCUGCCUUGCCACCCAGCUGGCCUGCCCUUCCCAACUCAGGUCAGGAUCUGAAGGAAGGUACGUGUGUGGCAUCUGCAGAGGAGGAAGCUGAAGAGGAGGAGGAGGAAGACUACGAGGAGGAGGAGGAAGAAGAGGAGGAGGUCGGGCCCCAGGCCCUGCCUGCGCCCCCCACGACAGCUCACAGCCCCCGGCUGCGGCAGCCCCAAGGCGCGCGCGUGCUGGCCACUCUCCGGGGCCAGGUGCUCCUGAGCAGGAGCGCGGGUGCAGUGAGCGCGCAGUGGUGGCGGCGGCGCGCGCAACUGAGCCGGGAGAAGCGAUUCACCUUUGUGUUGGCCGUGGUCAUCGGGGUCUUCGUGCUCUGCUGGUUCCCCUUCUUCUUCAGCUACAGCCUGGGCGCCAUCUGUCCGCAGCGCUGCCGCGUGCCCCACGGGCUCUUCCAGUUCUUCUUCUGGAUUGGCUACUGUAACAGCUCGCUGAACCCGGUCAUCUACACCAUCUUCAACCAGGACUUCCGCCGCGCCUUCCGGAGGCUCCUCUGCCGCCAGUGGACCCAGACAGCCUGGUGAGCCCGCGGUGCAGGUGGGGGUGGUGCCAGCCGGCAUCGGGGCUACCCUAUUUUUUCCUUUUGGGUGGUCACAUCCAGGGGCCUUUCUGGCCCUGGCCCAGGUUCUUCUACAGGCCUUAUCUUGGGACCCCCCCUGGAGAGGCAGGCAGUGUUCACAGGGGUCCACAGAAACCUCCCCCUGUCUCCUAAGCUGUUGGGGUGCACCUUCUCCACCCCCUGCCUAAGUUCAAGAGGUGGGUGAGGCUGGAAGUUUCUGGAAUGUCGCCUAGGCCAGGCUAUCCUAGAAUGUCCCUCCCAGAACUCCAGGCCCCUGCAAGCCACUGGAGGGUGGGGGUCCCUUUCUGGACCCCCCCCCCCCAUGUUCCUAGGCAAGCCACUUGCGUGUGGUUUUGUUUCCCCGCCCUCCCACCUUUCCCAGCCGGGACUGCUGCUAAGGAGGGGGCAGACCCAGGACUGUGCUCCCAGUUGGGCACCUGUGGUUAUUAGGGCUGUCUCAGCGCCCUUUGCCCCCUUCUGCAUCCCUAGUUCCUUUCAAAUAGGAGCCGGGAUGGUUUUUCCUGACUUUUUUCUCAUCCAGGAUCCCUCUGGAAGUGGGCAGGUGUGGAUGCCUCCGUGGGUAGCCUGGAGAGCCCCGAUCAUUAGCAUUUCCCCCUGCCCAAACCAGGGGCACAAUAGCCACUGCUUACUUUCCACAGGGAGAUGAAAGGAUUUGCAGAAAGCUUUGAGCUCAGUGGAGGGCAGGGUGGGGGCAGGGGAGGAUAUCAGAGAACCAGAAAAUGUGAUUAUUUGGUGAUAAUAAAAAUGUUCUUUCUCUGUGUUUACCACCACCUGUCUUCCUGGAGACCUUUUGUUCUGGGCUUGGGGUGUGCUCAUGCCUGCCCCAAACUGGAAGAGGGGUGAGGCUGAGCCCACAUUUCAGCUACAGGAACGUGUUCUUGUGCCUGCAACGGUUUGAGUUACUGCGUGGCUUGGCAGCUUCUCAGCGUUUCACCUGCAGCACCAAGAUGGUUUCCGUGGCUAUGCUCUCCCCUCUCUUUCCCGCUCUCCUGGGAUAAGUCUUUUGUCACCAAGCAGGCAAAUGGUGUCCCCGAGAGAGCUAAAAAUACCCUCACCAGGGGAGCGCCUGAGGUGGGGACAGAGCUUGGCUGCCACAUGGACUUGGGGGCAUCUGAGCCGUGAGGGGCGGGGGGGAUAUGUGAUGGACACUACUAUUUCUGUGACGGACCAGGCUGUUCUGGAGGGGUGCAAGGGGCAUUCUGGAGAGGCCUGAUGAGAGUCGCUCCUGGGGCUGGGGUUGCCCAGCUUGGUUCUCUGUGUCCCUGUGAGCUGGGGGGAUUGACUUGUGACAUCAGCUGAUGGUUUCAUGAGUGUGCCAGGAACCCUGCUAUUGUUGGUAGUGGCCCCUUAUUGUGACAUGCAGGUGUUUUUUUUUCUCCUAAAGUCUGAGCUAUUUUAUCAAUAAAGAAUAUUUUGUAAUAA